UGCUAAAACAAAUCAAGAAGAUAUCUUUUACCCAAAAAUAAAUUAAAUUCAAAGAACAAAAUGAAAAUGGAAAGAAAUAAAUAAAUAAAAAGAGAAUCAGAAAGUUAAGUGAGUGAGGGGAAAAUGCGAGGGAAUCACGCUCUGAAAUUGGCGCGUAAACCAAGAAACACCACAAAUAAUCAAACCUCUCUAUCAAAAUCACAUUCACAACAACCAAUCUUAUUAUUAUAAUAAUUAUAAUAAUAAGACCCCACCUUACCCUACCCUGUACCUGCUCCUACACUAUCUUUCUCUCUUCUCCUUCUUCAUCAUCUCUACUCCCCUAUACCCUACUAACUAUACUUUCUCUCUCUAGGCUCUGAAUAUCUAAAGCCCUAUUCUUUCUCUCAUAACUUUCUACUUUUUCUAACCUUUUCUUUGUUUUCAUUUUUGGGGUUUUAUUGCUUUUACUACUUUUUUUUUUUUUGGUUCUGAGCUUUCUUCCGCCAUGAAAGCUCCAGAAAGUGACCCCAUUGUUCUCUCUAACCAGCUUUUAACUUCGCUUUUUGAAGAAAUCCCACUUGUCCAAAACUUCAAAGGCAAAUGGGCUUUGAUUCGUGCCAAACUUGAUGACCUUCGUUCUCAGCUUACAGACUUCGCUGACUCACUCUCCGGUUCUGUAUCCAACACUCUCUCCGUUGACCUUCUCGGUUCGGUCUCCGUUACACUAACCGACGCCGUUUUGUUGGCCAAGAGGUGUCAGAGUCCUGACAUGGCUGAGGGGAAGCUUAGGACCCAGAGCGACCUCGACUCCGUGCUUGCUAAGCUCGAUCGAUUGAUUAAAGAUGGUGAGAUUUUAAUCAGGAGUGGAGCUCUUCACGAAGUUGGCGCAGUUUCCAGCUCGUUGUCGAAGAAGGAGGUUGUACGAUCUGAGUCGAGGAAUUUGAUUACUCGGUUACAGAUUGGGAGUGGCGAGUCGAGAAACUCGGCGAUGGACUCGCUUUUGGGUCUUCUCCAGGAAGACGAUAAGAACGUGAUGAUCGCCGUUGCUCAAGGCGUUGUUCCGGUUUUGGUUAGGUUAAUGGAUUCGAGCUCGGUGGAAAUGAAGGAGAAAACAGUGGCGGCGAUUUCGAGAGUUUCAAUGGUUGAUAGCAGCAAACACGUUUUGAUCGCAGAAGGUUUGCUUCUCUUGAAUCAUUUGCUUAGGGUACUCGAUUCUGGAAGUGGGUUCGGUAAGGAGAAAGCUUGUGUGGCUCUCCAAGCUUUGAGUUUCUCUAAAGAGAACGCUAGAGCGAUUGGUUGUAGAGGUGGGAUUUCAUCUCUAUUGGAGAUUUGUCAAGGUGGUACACCUGGUUCUCAAGCUUCUGCAGCUGGGGUUUUGAGAAAUUUAGCCUCUUUCCCUGAAAUCAAAGAGAAUUUUGUUGAGGAAAAUGGGGUCGUGGUCCUUUUGGGGGUAGCAAGUUCAGGGACGGCUUUAGCUCAGGAAAAUGCAAUUGGGUGUCUUUGUAAUUUGGCUUCUGAUGAUGAAAGUUUGAAACUUUGUAUUGCUAAAGAAGGUGGGAUUGAGUGUUUGAAGAAUUUCUGGGACUCAGCACCUUCUGUUCAGAGUCUAGAAGUAGCUAUUGAUUUGUUAAGGCAUUUGGCUUCAUUCUCACCAGUUGCUGAAGUUCUUUGCUCAGAUGGGUUCAUACCCCGUCUUGUGGGAGUACUAAAUUGUGGUGUUUUAGGUGUAAGAAUCGCGGCGGCUCGAGCUGUUUUCGAGCUUGGUUUUUGCUCGAAAACCAGGAAAGAAAUGGGGGAAUGUGGAUGCAUUAAUCUUUUGAUCAAAAUGUUGGAUGGUAAGGCUGUUGCAGAGAAAGAAGCUGCUGCAAAAGCUUUGUCUAAUCUAUUGUUAUAUACAGGAAAUAGAAAGAUGUUUAAGAAAGAUGAGAAGGGAAUUGUUAGUGCAAUUCAGCUUUUGGAUCCUUCUAUUCAGAAUUUGGAUAAGAAGUAUCCUGUUUCUGUAUUGGCCUCACUUUCGCAUUCGAAAAAAUGUCGAAAACAAAUGGUUGCUGCUGGUGCUUGUGAGUACUUGCACAAGAUUGUUGAGAUGGAAGUAGAGGGGUCUAAGAGGCUUUUGGAGAGCCUUGGUCGUGGCAAGAUUUGGGGUGUUUUUGCUAGACCUUAAUAGAGAAGACCAAUACAAAGAAAGUAAGGUCUUGAAAUGACAAAAAAAGCUGGAUAUAGAAACACAUGAAGAUGAUUUGUUGAACUGUAUGUAAAAAAAAAACUUGUGAUGUUUGCUUUUUUUUUUUCAUUUUACCCCCCACUUGUUGAUAAUUGCUGUUUAUUUGUGGUAGAGAAAUAUUAGUAGCAUUUUUCUUGAUGUAGAGACAUGUUCGAAGUUUGGUUACCUAACUAAUUUUGAGUACUUGUUCUUUUUGUUUACAUUACUCUAAAAGACUUAAUAAUAUAAUGAAAUUGCAGCUAA